UUGCUACAUAUUUAUCCCAAUGGACUACGAACUCAAUUUCGUACAGAAAUAGGGUGCUGGAGGUAAAUUUUAGGAAAGGCGUUGAAGUUGACGGGUUUCAGUUUUUUCUCUAAAUAUGGGCUUAUCGAUGGGGUUCAUAAAGACUCUGGUCCUUUGCUUAAGUUUAUAUUCCAUUGUUUUGCGAGGUUCCUCUUUGGUAAUACUGACGAAUAAUACUAGCUUGAAAGCCUUUGAAGAAGGAAAAAACGUAAACCAUAGUUUAAUAGGAGCCUCUCUUUUAGAUGUUGUUACAACAAAGGAAAAACGGCUAAUCAACACAGAAGCUGAGACUUCUAACCAACUUGAGUCUCAGUUAGUUAGCUAUUUCGAAGAGAUAAAUUAUGACCAGCUACAUAACAAUGUAUAUAGUUCUUUUCGACAAAAUGGAUUUAUUUUGUUUACGUCGAAGGACAAACGAUGCACUACUUGCAACUAUUAUGCCCACAAUGCUGCUUCUGCGUUUGUAAAAUUAUUAAAGGAAUAUAAAUCAGGGAUCCCUUUUUAUUCAUUUGACUGCAGCUCUAACCCUUGGUACUGUCAACAAGAGUUGGGAAUUCAUACAUAUCCUACAUUUGCCUACUAUAACCUAAUGGGUGAAUUCACCUUUUUCACCAGCCAUACUCCAUUUGAAGUCCUGAUUAAAUUUGCAGAAACUAUACGUCCUUUAAAUAACUUGGAUGGAAAACCACAUAUCGACAGUGUGGUUCGUUUAAAAGAAUUAGAGUCUUUAGAAAGUCAAUACCCCACCUUUUUCUUGUAUAUACAUGACUAUGGGUCAACAUCUGAAGAUUUUAAUUAUUUGCGGAUGUUUUCUCGCUCUUUAGCUGGCUAUGCUCCCAUCUUUCGGUCAGAUGAUAAAAAUCUGGCUAACUAUUAUAAUAUCACUCGACUCCCUCACUUAAUGGCAGUACGAAAUGGAGUCUCCUUUUCUUAUCCGGCAGAGUCUGUUUCUUCUAUGCGCGAUCCUAUCCGUCUUUGUUCCUGGGCUGCCAAGCUUAAAUACCCUCUUGUACCAGAGCUAACCCCUGAAUUUGCGAAAACAUUAGAUGAUGAUUCUUAUCUAGCUAUUGCUUUAGUGAAUCCUAUUUCUCGUCACGUUGAGAGCCAAGAUUUGCACAAUAUCCAAAGUAUAGGAAAACAGUGGGUGCAGACUAUAAGAUCUAUUGAACGAAACCAAUUACUCAAUGCUCGUAAAGAAUGGUGGGACUAUGUGAACUACUUAAAAGCGAAAGGCUACGAAGAUGUUCCUUUUCGUGCCGCCAAACAUGCUUUACCUCUACCCGAGAAUAAUAAGAUAACGUUCGUCUGGUUGAAUGCCCAUCAGUGGAAAUCAUGGAUUAGCGAUACCUUUUCCAUAAAGUCUGUACCCUACUCACGAUUCGUUUUAGUUCAUCCAUCGGGAUUAAAAUAUUGGGAUCAGUCUGAAGAUGGUACAUUACUCAAGUUAGAUCAACCUGCACGCAUCAUCAAUACAACUUUGAGUGUUUUGUCAAUUAAGGGACAACCUCCUCCCUAUAAUUUAACAGUAAGUCACGAGUACUUUUGGCUUGUUCAAGUCAAAGAAUUCUUAGCUUCUUACCAGAAAUAUAUAUGGCUUCAAGCUGGCUGUUUUAUUUUUGUACUUUAUUGGUCUUCCGUUAAAAGUCUUCUGUAUCGAGCCAAUCGAUCGCUAAUUACAUAUCUAAAGCAACGUUCGCCGCAAUACCUAAGGAAAAGCAUCUGAAAAAACUAUUUUUCUACACAGUAUCUAAUAUAACAAUUCAACUUCUCUGAACAUCGGUGCUUCCAUAAGUUUCCUUGUAUUUUCGUCUGGUUUAUUUAAUGAACUGUUCAAAUGGUUAUUUACGAUGGGGUUUCCUAAUGUGUAUUAUAUAAGUAACCCAACCCAGUCGCUUUAUAUGUAUAACAUUUCUUAUUUUUUUUGUCAUCAC